GCAAAAUCAAAUUUUAUUUUAUUUCCCAUUAUGAUUCUUUACGAGUCAUUUUUCUCAAGGGUUUGGGUAAAUCAAGGCCGUUGAAGAAGGAGGAUCCAAUGGCGGCGGCGGCGACACAAGGGCAGACGGUGAUGAUGGACCCGGCGGUACUAGAUGAUAUAAUCAGACGGCUGACAGAAGUCCGAUCAGCUAGGCCGGGGAAACAAGUACAACUAUCUGAAACUGAGAUCAAGCAGCUUUGUGUUGCUUCCAGAGAUAUCUUCCUUCAACAGCCCAAUUUGCUUGAACUUGAAGCACCCAUCAAAAUUUGCGGUGAUAUACAUGGACAAUAUAGUGAUUUAUUAAGGCUCUUCGAGUACGGGGGUUUUCCUCCUAAUGCCAAUUACCUAUUUCUAGGCGACUAUGUGGAUCGUGGCAAGCAAAGCUUGGAAACAAUUUGUCUUUUACUUGCUUAUAAGAUUAAGUAUCCAGAGAAUUUUUUCCUAUUGCGAGGAAACCAUGAAUGCGCAUCUAUUAAUCGGAUAUAUGGAUUUUAUGAUGAAUGCAAGCGACGGUUUAAUGUGAGACUUUGGAAAAGCUUUACUGAAUGUUUUAACUGCCUUCCUGUGGCGGCUCUUAUAGAUGACAAAAUAUUGUGUAUGCACGGUGGUCUUUCUCCUGACUUGACAAACCUGGAUCAAAUUAGAAGCUUAUCUCGUCCAACUGCUGUUCCUGACAAUGGUUUGCUGUGUGAUUUGCUCUGGUCUGACCCUGAUAGAGAUGUGAAAGGAUGGGGAAUGAAUGACAGAGGAGUUUCAUACACCUUUGGUGCAGACAAGGUGUCAGAAUUCUUAACGAAGCAUGAUUUAGAUCUUGUCUGCCGUGCGCAUCAGGUUGUGGAGGAUGGUUAUGAAUUCUUUGCUGAUAGGCAACUUGUUACAAUAUUUUCGGCACCUAACUAUUGUGGUGAAUUUGAUAAUGCCGGUGCAAUGAUGAGUGUCGAUGAAAACCUGAUCUGUUCUUUCCAGAUUCUCAAGCCAGCAGAGAAAAAAGCAAAGUUCAUGUCCAAUAAAAUUUGAUGGUUGCAGCUAUCAAUGUAUAAGGGCUUACAAGUCUUUACCAAGAUAUCCUUUUGUAUCACGCUGCAAAAAUGGUUGAAACUGAAGAUCGCUGGCUUCAGAACUUUUGCUAGAGGAGAUGCAAGUGACUGCUUUACGGAUACCAUUUGCAGGGUAAAAUGGUUUACAAGUCUGCUGUAGUGUAGCAUAAGCCACAAAUGUAUUUCUCUUAUUCUUCUCUUUUCGCCCUUAAUCUGUGGUGCAUGUGAAGAUAUAUCUGGUCUGGCAGCUUAUAGUUGUGCUUUGAGCUGUUGGAACAAAAAAAUGGCCGCAUCCAUUUUCUAAAGAUUUUUUGGUUUUUCCCAGACUGUUUCACUGAUUGAGCUGUUUGUAUGGAUAUAAUAUUAGGUGAAUUCAAAUGUUAUAAGAUGUUUAGUUGGAAUUAUGGGCCUAGUGUCCACAUGUAAUGAUUAAGAUUUAAGAUUUGUUGAGUCUCUUGCCAAUUUUGUAAUUUUUGUUCAUAGCACCAUUAAGAGUCAGGUUGAACAUAGGAAGAUUUAGUUGACAGCUUAUGCUUUUAGUGCAGCAUUGUUCAUUUUAAGACCUUGAGGAACACAAUAGAUAGAGUAUAAGCUAUAGCACUUCCAUGCGCAUUGCAGAUUGAGGCUCCCUUUGGAUGUGCGAUGGUAAGGGUUCGUUCCCACCAUGAUGGAGUGCCUAACUGGCACCGGACACUUCAAAGUGUGAGCCUAUACGCCUUUGGGAUCGUUGAUUUGUCUGGUUUAACAGUGUUCAUAUUUGUUUUGACUGGCACAAAAGAUGGGGAUGUCUCCAAAAUUUGAUGUCUUGAUAGUUAUUGGUCGGAAUAGAUUAAAUUGUUGAUAGUCAUCCUAUGAAUGAGUCAAACAAAUUGUGUAUGAUUUGAUCCAAUGUUAGAGGGCCGGUGUCUUUUGUCCAAUAGAAGCUUUCCUUGUUAACAUCAAAGAUGACUUUAGCAAAGAUGCUACCAAAGAAGCAAGACAAAAAUUUGUAGAUCUUUUUUAUAGUUCCUACUUUUGUCAUUUGAUCGGUUGGAUUUUCUUUAGGUCACCCCCUCCCCAAAUAAGUUUACGAUAGCUUGAUGAUGUUUUUUGUUCAAUAAUUUUUAAGAAAUUUCUUUUCAAUAGAUAGAUGUGGCCUUAAGAUGAUGGUGUUGAUAAUAUAUGCGAAAUGAUAAAAUAAAU